CUCUCUUCACAAGUAUUGGCUGGUCUCAAUCUUUCCUGAAGCCGCCAAGCCGGUACGCGGUACUUUCACUGCUUGUCCGCAAUGUCACCGCCAAGUUAAUUAUCGCGCCAUCUCCGCGUGGUAGCAACGCGGACAGCCUUGUUGCAUGUUCGUAAAAUCCUUUUAAUUAACGAUAGUUUUUCUUCUCGAUUCGAAUCGCCGCUUCUCUUCUCCGAAUCACAGUCGCCGCAUGGAACAAACGCCGCUGCCGCGAGAUCGGCGGCCUGAUGCCCUCGGACACCUCCGCGUCCUUCCAGACGAGCUGAUAUGCGCCAUUCUCGAGCACCUAUCGUCUUUUGAUCUCGGUCGUCUGUCUUGCGUUAGCAGUGUUCUUUAUAUAUUCUGCAAUGAAGAGCCACUUUGGAUGAAUUUAUGUCUUAGAGAUGGGGGUCAGUUUGAAUAUAGAGGUUCUUGGAAGAGGACAACUUUAUAUCGACAAAAUCUGUGCAUGAAGAUUGGCGAUUGUCACAGGCGGCCUCUACAGUUUGAUGGUUUCAGCUCAUUGUUUCUUUACAAAAGGUGGUAUCGAUGCUUUACCACAUUAGAUGGAUUUCCUUCAGAUGAUAAAGAUGUGGAAAGAAGAAAUAACCAUAUAUUGGAAGAAUGUAACUAUAGAAUUGAUGAGAAGAAACCGGUCUUGCUUACUGAAGUGGCUAAAACUUGGCCAGCAAGAAAUAAGUGGACAUUGGAUCAGUUAUUGUCAAAUUAUGGUGAUGUAACUUUCAGGAUAUCUCAAAGAAGCUCUAAGAAAAUUACUAUGAAACUUAAGGAUUAUGUUUCAUACAUGAAUUGCCAGCAUGAUGAAGACCCCCUUUAUAUUUUUGAUGAUAAGUCUAAGUUGAUAUUUUUGCAGUUUGGAGAAGCUGCACCAGCAUUGUUACAAGAUUAUUGUGUACCAAGUCUGUUUCAAGAAGACUUUUUUGAUGUGCUGGAUUAUGAUCAGCGACCCCCUUUCAGGUGGCUAAUAAUUGGACCAGAGAGAUCUGGUGCAUCUUGGCAUGUUGAUCCAGGUUUGACGAGUGCUUGGAACACCCUUUUGUGUGGGAGGAAAAGGUGGGCACUUUAUCCUCCUGGUAGGGUACCUUUAGGUGUUACAGUUCAUGUUAAUGAGGAUGAUGGUGAUGUAAAUAUUGAAAGUCCAUCAUCAUUGCAGUGGUGGCUUGAUUUUUACCCUCUUCUUGGUGACCAAGAUAAACCACUGGAGUGUACCCAGUUGCCAGGAGAGACAAUAUUUGUUCCAAGUGGAUGGUGGCAUUGCGUGCUAAAUUUAGAGACAACAAUUGCUGUUACACAAAAUUUUGCAAAUACAUCAAAUUUUGAAUUUGUGUGCCUGGAUAUGGCUCCAGGCCAUGUUCAUAAGGGAGUUUGUCGUGCUGGAUUAUUAGCUGUUCAAGGUGGGGUUAAUGAACAUCCAAAAAGUGAUGCAUUGUUUGACAUGAAUUUAUUGAAUUAUCCUGACAUGUCACGGAGAGAGAAAAGGCUCAAAGUUUUGGAACCAGUUAAAGAGCAGCAUGGACGUCUUAACAGCUGUAAUUAUAUCAGCGGUCUUUCAGAUGCUUUCAAGAAUUGUAAUCAAGAGUUUUCUUAUGAUAUAGACUUCUUAUCUAUGUUUUUGGAUAAAGAAAUAGAUCAUUAUAAUACAAUUUGUAGCCCAAGCAACAUCUUAGGAGAAAGGGAGAUGAGGGCAUGGCUCCACAAGCUCUGGGUUUUAAAACCAGCUAUACGAGAAUUAGUAUGGAAGGGUGCUUGCUUAAACUUGAAUGUGGAAAAGUGGUCUUCUUGCCUGAUGAACAUUUGUGCCCAUUACAAUUUGCCUUUACCGAUGGAAGAUGAAAAGUUUCCUGUUGGUACAGGCAGUAAUCCUGUAUUUCUUGUUUCUGACAAUGUGAUAAAAAUUUUUGUUGAGGGAGGUCUGGCCUCUUCUGUCUUUGGUCUUGGUACAGAGCUUGAGUUCUAUAGUCUUCUUGCCAAAAAGAAGUCACCUUUGAUGAAUCAUGUUCCGGAUAUCAUUGCAAGUGGAUUUGUGGUUGCUGACGGUAGUGGUUAUAGAACAUUUUCAUGGGAUGGAAGAGGAGUACCUGACAUCAUUGCUAAUAGUAGUUUUGUUAUUAGAGAUAACACUACAGAGGAAUUUCCAUUUGGAAUAUGGAGCAAGAAUCAAUUUGAGUUGGAAAACCAUAACAGUGGAGCUGUUAUGUGCUCCAGGAUGUGGCCUUUCAUAGUAUGUAGACGAUGCAGAGGAGAUAUUUUUGCUAAUUUGAGAGAUUUGUUGUCCAAAAAUGAAGCAUUCCAUUUAGCUUCAUUUCUAGGUGAGCAACUCCGUCAUCUUCACCUUUUACCAUUACCAAACAUUCAAACUGAUGUCAAGGAGAUAUCUGUGGUAAGAAACUUUCAAGAAUGUUCAGUUGGAAGUUACAAGUUGCCUGCAGAGGCUGAUCUGAUAGAUGUAGAUUGUAAAGAUUUUGAUACUUGUCGAAAAUGGGAACCUGUGAUUGCAGCGUUAGAUAGAAGGAAGAAUAACAUAAAGAAUCAAUUAGCUCAAUGGGGUAAUCCUAUUCCAGGAUUUUUGAUAGAUGAAGUUGAAAAGUAUUUACCGCAUGAUCUUUCAAGUUUGCUUGACAUAAGAAAGGAUGUUGAUGGAUCCCUUAAGUGCAUUUCUUCUCCGACCUGGAUACAUUCAGAUAUUAUGGAUGAUAAUAUUCAUAUGCAGCAGUGUUCUCCUGCUGAAUGUUCUGAUGAGUGUUCUUCACAUGCAAGUUUGAGAGUUAACGGUUCAGAUGAUGCUUGUGGUCAAGCUGACAGAGUUUCGACAAUUAAUGGAGUCAAUGAUCCUUGUGAUAGAAAAGACGCGGUUGUGAUGGUUAAUAGUACUUUGCAUGGUUGUAAUGGAGUGACAAAUUUGAGGUGGCACCCUUCUCACAUUCUUGAUUUCAGUGAUCUGUCAAUAGGGGAUCCAUUGUAUGAUAUGAUUCCAAUAUACUUGGAUGUUUUCCGUGGAGAAAUGUGCUUUCUGGAUAGACUUUUGGAAAGUUACAAUCUUCCUUUAAAUCCAAAAAAGCUGAAUGAUGAUGGGCUUUCUUCUGGACUAGCAGAAAAUGACAAGUUCAAAAGGCUUUCGUACCGUGCCAUGUGCUAUUGUAUUCUACACAAGGAGAACGUCCUUGGAGCCAUUUUCAGUUUGUGGAAGGAACUGAGAACGGCCAAAUCCUGGGAAGAAGUGGAAGAGGCUGUGUGGGGAGACUUGAAUAACUACCAACACACUGAUCUAUGAUCUAAAUGUUUGAUGAAAGUUAAGGUUUCGUUUGGGACAACUUUCGUACUGCUUCUUUAAGAAACAGUUUUUAAGUAUAAAAUUUUCUAAUUCAAAAAAUUUUUGUACUAAAAAACUGUUUUAGAAAGCUAGAAAAAAGUUGUUCCUAACGAAGCCUAAGUUAUUCAAAAUUCUGAACUGCAUCAAUUUAUAGUGCAUACCUCUUCAUUUUCCAUUCUUUGUGUGAUCUAAAUAAUUCAAAAUACAUUUAAGGUAUGCUUUGCCAUCGAAAUACAUAAAAAAAAUUGCAUGUUAGAAUGCAUGCUACAGAUUAAAACGCACAGAGGAUCGUAAAGGGAAAUUCUUCUGUAGAAAAAGAAGCCAACAGAUAUAGCAGGUUGUUUCCUCCAUUCUUCUACAGAAAUGCCAUACCCUCCAGAAACUGAAGAGUUGGGGUCUUCUUCAAAGAUGUAAGCUUUGAUCGAAAUCCUUUGCCUAAUAAAUCUCUGUAGACUCUAGUUUUCUUCAUCUUUUAUCA